GAAGAUGUCGUCAUUAUACAAUUGUGUGGGGAAAUUUUAUAUAGUUUCCCUGCUGAUGAUGAUAUUCUGCUCUGUCUGCGCCUUGGCAGCUAUGAAUAAUGCCACCGAUUUUAUGCUGGAUGUAAAUGAAAUACCCCAAAGAUAUGAUGAGGCACAAUUGUGGCGUAUUUAUAAUAUAUCCGAGGCCAUGCAACAACGUGUGCCUGUGGGACAGGUUUUGGAACAGAAAUUCGGUGGCAACAUUUGGAAGGAGAAUUCUAAGUUUCUCGAUAUAUCCAUACAAAAGGAACAGGUGAAGGCAGCACGUGCCUUCCUGGAGGCACAUCGUCUGGACACUCAAGUUUUGAACUAUAAUGUACAAUCGAUGAUCGAUGAGGAGCUAUUGGAAGGUGUUAUGAAAACAUCAUCUGGACCGGGUGUACGUUCAAAAAAAGCCACAGGCAGCACCAUGCACUGGAAGGACUAUCAUGAUUUGGAAACAAUUUAUGGUUUUAUGCGAGAGAUACGUACUAAAUUCCCAAAUAUUGCGCGACUUUAUACCAUUGGCAAAACUGUUGAGGGACGUGAUCUUAAAGUAUUGCGUAUCUCGGAAAAUCCGCGUGAAUAUAAAAAAAUUUGGAUCGAUGGCGGCAUUCAUGCACGCGAAUGGAUCAGUCCGGCCACAGUUACCUUCAUUCUAUAUCAAUUGAUGUCAAAUUGGGAAGAUCAGCCAUCCCAUAUACGUGGCCUUACAUGGUACAUAAUGCCUGUCAUGAAUCCGGAUGGCUAUGAAUACAGUCGCACCGUGAAUCGCUUGUGGCGGAAAAAUCGUUCACCCUCGCGUCGGAACAAUUGUCUGGGUGUUGAUCUGAAUCGUAAUUUCGAUAUUGGCUGGUCUGGUUAUGGUUCCUCUACGAAUCCCUGCAGUGACACAUAUCGCGGCAAUGCACCAGCUUCGGAGGAGGAAACAAAAGCAGUUGCCGAAUUCUUGGCCAAACGUAAAUACAAUUUGGAGGCAUAUUUGACGUAUCAUAGCUAUGGUCAAAUGGUUGUCUACCCUUGGGCUUAUAAGGCCGUCAAGGUCAAGGAUGCGAGCGUUUUGCAACGUGUAGCUAAUACGGCUGUUCAAAGGAUAGCACAGAAAACUGGCUCCACAUAUCGUGCCUCAGUCACUCAUGAGGUCCUGGGCAUUGCCGGCGGUGGUUCAGAUGAUUGGUCUCGCGCCGCUUUGGGUGUGAAAUAUGUCUAUACCAUUGAAUUGCGCGAUCGUGGAGCCUUUGGAUUUGUCCUGCCACCCAGAUACAUCAAGGAUACGGCCCUAGAGGGAUGGACAGUGUGCGAAACCGUUGCGCAGGCAAUUGGUUAAUCGCUUCAUUUAAAAAAGGGGGGCAACGUAUGUUUUCUUUUUUAGUUAUGUGUGAAUGGGCUUGUGAAUCGAUGGAUGAGUGUAUGUGGAAUGUAUGUGACCUUUAUGUUUCUUAUGAAUAUAUCAAAUAUAUUCCUUUAUUUAUUUAUGACGAUUAAAAAAAAAAAAGAAUAGUUUACCAACUCUUCAACUCAA